GUCUUUCAUUGCAGCAAUGGCUUCCAGCAUUAGCAAAAAUUUCCGCAGAAAAAGUCACAGCCUAACACAUGAGCCAUAUUGUGGUCUGAGAACCGCUGCAAGCAACACGAUUUCAGAUGCUAGCAAGCGAAGGCAAGAAGAAUGUUACUAUCAUCAACCACCUACCUCCCAGCUUCACCUUCAGCCUCAGCCUCAGCCUCAGCCUCAGCAGCAACGUCAGUGGCGGCCAACUUUACAAUUUGGCCCAUGGCUGAGCGCAAUGACCGCCUAUCGAUUGCUGACAAUCAGCAUCCUAAUUGGAAUUCUGUGUCUACAUCACGUUCACGGAGUGGAUCCCAAAUUCGACCCCUCAACGCGGAUGAGACUAGUUCUGGUGCCGGCUGACGCACAGGUCGGGUCUGUAAUCUACAGAUUGCGUGCAACCGACGAGGAGUUCGACUAUCCAUUGACCUUUGAGUUUAUGGGUGAUGUAUCGUCGUCCACCUUCAAGGUGGAAUCGCUUCCAUGUACCAAGUACAACUCAGUCUGUCAAGCCAACGUUGUGCUGCAACGACGUCUUGAGUCGGGCCGCUUCUACGAUUUUCAAGUCUCGGUUAGGGACACAAAUGGUGGCAUGGCUACGCAAUUGUGUUCAAUUACAGCAACCAACUUCAGUACACCGCAUGACCUAAUAUUUCCACAUAAGCCGGGCAUCAUCAUGAUACCUGAGGAUGCCAAAAGAGGUACAGAACUUGAUUAUGUAAUUUCCAGAAAGAAUCCACUUUUUCCAAAGCCAGUCUACCUCGAGUUGUGGGGUUCGCCCUUAUUUGCCAUAAGACAAAAGAUUAUAUCAGCUGAGACAACGGAAGGAACCGUUUUCCUCUUGGGUCCCUUAGACUUCGAGAAGCAAGCCAUGUACCACUUAACAAUUCUUGCCAAUGAUGCUUAUGCGGAGCCUGGACAAGAUGGACGGAAUAUUGCUGGUAUUGAAAUCGUUAUUAUCGUCCAAGAUGUACAAGAUCAGCCGCCUGUGUUUACUAUAGCUCCUCCAGUUACAAAACUGCAAUCCGGCAUUCUUCCAGGCGAUAAGAUAUUGCAGGUCCAUGCGGAAGACGGGGACAAGGGAAACCCUCGGGAAGUGCGAUAUGGCCUAGUUUCUGAAAAUAAUCCAUUUACUUCAUUUUUUGACAUCAACGAUACAAGUGGUAAGUCGAAUUCAUAUAUAUUCCCACUAUUACUUAUUGAGAGAACUCUCACUCCCUUGCAGACGCAGUAUAAGGCCGAAAAUAAAGUUCUAUUUUGGCUUCUCAUACUACUGGCCACCCUGGUUGCCCUAACGAUCCUGAUUCUUCUACUUUGCUGUAUAUGCUCCUGGUGUCCUCUGUAUGGCGCAGCAACCAAAAGAAUAGUUAAUAUCAGUAGAACUGAAGACGAUGUACAUCUAGUGCAUAGAGAAAUGGCAAAUGGAAACCAUACAAAAUCUGUUCAGGUCGCAGAGUGGAUGGGAAGACGAGAGGCUUGGUCCGCGGAUAAGCCAUCAGAUACACGUACAAAACCUACCCGCUGGGAGUUCCGCGAUGGACGUGAACAGACUGAAAACGUAGAAAUGCACCACGCAGGCGUCAACACUGAUGCUGAUGCAGUCCGGCACGCAGCGUCUGAGGAAUACCAGCAGAGACGAGUCCGCAUUAAAAACAGCAAUACAGCCAAAGAAGAUACACAUAGUUUCCAUAAUUCUAGAACCAAUUUAAUAAACCACCGGGACGUAUAUAUUGAGGACGUAAUGGACGACCAGAACUUAGUGCAAAUUAAAGAAGAGUUGUCACGCAACAAACAGAACAGACCAUUGGAGCACAGUCGCUUGAAAAAUUACGACUCGGAUGCCAGACAAAUCGACGAUGACUCCAUGCGAAGACACGAAAUCGACAGGGGAAGCGACAUCGACUUUAAUACUGCCCAGAAUAGUCUGAAGAAUAAGCGCGAACUUUUCAUAAAAGACGGUAAUGUUGAGAUCCUUCAGCUUAUGACACGCGACAAGACUCGGGACGGAGCUGCACUGGAAGAUGACAAUAUCUACGUCAAUGUUCCCGUUAAGUCAUCUGCGAACCUCUCGCACCCACAGCUGCUGAUGGUGGACAACACUGGCAAAGAGAUCCUGAUGCGCAGAUUUAUUGAAGAGCAGCCGGAUGGGAAGCAAAUAAUACGGGAGCACUACCAUAUUGUACCAGGCACUACCUAUAUUCAGUCAAUGCCAAACGAAAUACAAGGAUCAACACUCAAGGGCGACACUUUUCCCCUUGGCAAAUCGGGACCAAAUAGUAUUGUCUACUCCCAAACCGAGCCUGAAGUUAAAGUCAUACACACGCAAUCAGUUCAGGGUGCGGAGGACAUAGCCCAGCUCCAGCCUGUCGCGGCGAGUCAGUCGCUUACACAAGAACUGGAGCACUCACUCAAGCAGCAAAAUGCGCUUUUGCGUCAGAUAUUGCUGGAAAAAGAGAAACUAGAAACUAGAUAUACACAGCACGAAAUAAUCUUAGAAACACAAAGUCUUCCGGGCCAGUCGAUGGCGAUAGGGACCCAAACUGACUGCGACGCUGGCACCCAAACCGAGCAGACCGAGAACUUCAGUGCCAAGCAAAUGGUCCACUCGCAGGCCCAAGUGGGCUCUACUCGUCGGCGAGCGCGCAGUGAGAAUGACGACUCGCUCUCGGAGGACGAAUACAAGUACGUGCGCUUUAGUCCCCCCAACAGUCCCGAAGGUGUGUAUUGGAUAAAGCGGCAUCAACCCAAAAGACGACUAAGGCUGCGCGGCAGCUUGCAGCCUCAAAAGAGAAUCGUCAUGGUGGAAGAGGUGAAGCGCAAAAUACGAACACCCAUAAAGGAGGAGGACGAAAUGCACGAGAAGAAGAGGCGAAUGCCACCCAAGAAGCCACUCCGCGAGACAAAAACGAGUAUUCUGCGGAAGCAGCUGAGUGACGAAAGCCGAAGAAGUGAUGUGGCCAAAGAGUCGAAUGGCAAGCACAAGUCUGAAGCGCUAAGCCGCGAGGUACUUAUGGAAAUAUCGGACUCUCUGGAUGAAAACCGAGGUCCCAGAUCGCGCCGAAGUGAACAUUAUUACGAUAACUUUGAGGGCGAAGUCGACGAAAAUGACACUGAAUACUCAAUUGAUUCCGAUGACAAUGAGAUUGUAAUUAGAACCAACUCAAACUUAUCAAGCUAUGCAUAUCCACGAAGUGUCUACACUAGAGCGUCUCGAGACCCUGGGUGCCAUGACCCACAAGCUAAAUAUUCAUCCCACCAAAGUAGAUCCGUAAACAUUUCUCCACCUUCUGAGCCAAACGAAAUACAUCCAGAGGCAAGGCCCAGACUUUCCCGUCGGGACAGUUCGAGGCGCAGUCAAAACUCCCGAAAGCAAACGUCGUCAGAGCCCCCGCACCACCGUACUUUAGUUUCAAAGUACGACUUGCAAACAGUAAAAAAUGACAUAGACCCACAUCAUAGUUCAGCUGAUAUAAGUGGAUCAAAGCAAUCGCUUAACGAUCGACUGUACCAAAGUGAAACCGAACUGGCUGGCCGCGAUGAAUCAACUUCCCGAAAUGUACCAAAAUAUAUGGAGUGGUAUUAUAGUAAGAAGAAACCGUCUGUCAGCGGUCGAACUUCAACUGAGUCAUCGAAAUCUCAGAUGUCGAUCAAAAAGAAAACUUCUGCUCCAGAGAAACGUACGACAAAAACGAGAAUGAAUUCGAAAGUCGAAGAUCAGGCAUUAAAUGAUGAGGCAGCAAGAUUCAAGCCGGAGCCCGCGCCACGAAGAUCUCCACCAAAGGGCACUCGGCUGCUAAAAGAGGACAGAGCCUUGAAUAAGCAGCACAAACCCAAAACAGAGACUGAUACAAAUCAUCCGCUGCUGCAGCAUUCGGAGCAUCGUUUCGAACGGGAGAACGCUCCGGAAGUGCCACCACCACCCACCAAGCUGCCACACUAUAUGUAUCCCGAGACUCCACCACAUGCGGCACCACCGGACAACGAUCAGCAUUCGCAGAAGCAUAAGCCGAAGCCGUCUCCUAUUAAGGAGAAUGAAGUAAAGCUGACGAAGGCAAGAAUAAAUCUUUACGUGGAAGAUCCCAAUACCGCACACCUCCCAUCUCAAGCCCAAAAGCAACUGAAUGCAUCCACUCUCGAGGACGACCACGACUCGGGCAUCGCCAUGAACUCCCUUAUGAAUAGUAUGGGACGCAGGAAUCCUAUAGCCGAAAAGAAAAGUGUCUUUUCGAUUGCAUAUGACGAUGUGAGCCGCGUUAAGAAAAUAGCAUCAGGCGGAGAGUCUCCACAGUAUUCAUAAAAAUAUACAUUUUCAAUUUACAAAUAUAUAUAC